AUGGCGAAGACCAGAGGAGGCCUUUCAGGCUCCCCAUCCUCACCGACACUUCGACCACAUCGAGUCGCCAUGGGAGCCACAGCUUCGCCACCUGUUCAGGCCCCGGCCAUUCCCCCAUCUGAGGGGGAAGCCCCUUCUCAGCGCCGAUACCCCACUAGGAGGCCACCCACUGAACCUGUGCCACCCGCCGACGGAGCUCAGAGACCUGCUUCUCGGCCCCCUACGAAGAGAACCAAGUUCUCGGGUCCUGGAGAGCCAUCCCAUGCGCCUCAGGCAGAGCCGCCUACAGAGGAUUCUCGGAUUCCUGUGGGUAUUCCUCCCGAGACCGUUAUCAGGCGUCCCAUGAUAGCCGGACCACCGAUAGAGGGCAACCUGGAUUGCAGAGAUCGAUCCUUCCACUCCGAGACCUACUUUGAUAUAGAGGCCCUCAGACAGCAGCCAGAGCUCAGAGAUUCAUUCCGAAUGCUGCAAAGAGGAGCCAAAUCUUCCUUUCCUUCUAGUCGCAAACGAGUCUCGCGAGAGGCACCUGUUCAAGGCCCCACCUCUGAACCUCCGCGGCCAAAAGUUGUUUCACCUCCGGCGAAGCCCGCACCACAGAAUCCUAAGGCGAGGCGUUAUCUCACUAGAUCAGGGGGCUGUCCCUUGAAAAAGAGAGCCAGGGUCGAAAGCUCAAAACCCAUAGACUUAACAGAGCAGUCCCCGAUUCCUUCACCAGAGCCCUCUCUAGCACCAUCUUCGGCGUCAUCGUUAGAGCCUCCGGCGGAGCUUCAGAAGCACCAGCCGCCACUUUCAAAAUCCCAAAUUCCAUCUAGGAUAGCUACUGAAGUGCUAAUUAGGUGUCCGAUGCUGACUCAACCGCCAAUUGAAGGGAAUUUGGACUGUCGAGCUCGACCAUUUCACUCUAAGUUGUGCUUUGACACAACCACCUUCAAAUUGCGGUCGGAGCUUGCAGACUCAUUCCACCUACUGCGCAGAUAUCGCAUGGAGCAUCUGCUGACCCCAAGAGAUUUCUUCUAUCCUAGAUUAGCCAUGGAUUUUUAUCAAUCCAUGACUACUAAGCAGGACAGAGAUCCUACUCUAAUCCAUUUUACUAUUGAUGGUCGGCAUGGCAUUUUAAGAGCUCGCCAUAUAGUAGAGGCCCUGCAUAUACCAUACGAACCAAGCCAUUUUGAGGAUUACUGA